AUGGCCUUGCACAUGGUUUCAGGGGAAGGAGAAGACAGCUAUGCCAAAAAUUCCAGACUUCAAGAGAAAGCUAUGGUCGAGAUUAGACCUAUGCUCGAGAAGGUUGUCACCGACGUGUACGACGCUCUGUGCCCACGCACGAUGGUCGUCGCCGACCUGGGCUGCUCGUCGGGGCCAAACGCGCUCCACUUCGUCUCCGACGUGAUCCGUGUGACAGGAGACUGCUGCCGCAGAUCAUGCCGCGAUCCGCCGGAACUCCAGUUCUUCCUGAACGACAUGCCCGGCAACGACUUCAACAGCCUGUUCCAAUCCUUUGCGCGGCGCAACAAGAUGGCCAUGGCCGUCGCGAGAAACUACGGGGGAGGGACGGCUGGAUCGAGGCCUCCGCACUAUGUGGUUGGGUUGCCGGGCUCAUUCUACACGAGGCUUUUCCCUGCCCAUACCGUCCAUUUCUUCCAUUCCUCCUACAGCCUCAUGUGGCUCUCCCAGCUACCAACAGAGUUGCAGAGUAAUAGCAAAAUACACCUGAACGAAGGAAACAUUUACAUCACGACGACCACACCACCUUCAGUGGUUAGAAUUUACCAAGAGCAGUUCCAGAAAGACUUCCUGUUGUUCCUUAAGCUGCGCUCGAGAGAACUUAUAUCUGGUGGCCAAAUGCUACUGACUUUCCUAGGCAGGAAAAACUACAGCGUGUUCCAUGGAGAUCUGAACCAUGUUUAUGGAUUACUUGGGCAAGCCGUGCAGUCGCUUGUUGUGGAGGGCAUGGUGGAAAAGGAGAGACUAGACUCCUUCAAUCUACCCAUUUACGGGCCGUCAAUCGCCGAGGUGACAGCAGUGGUGAAGCAGAGUGAGAUGUAUGACAUCAACCACAUCCAACUGUUCGAGUCAAACUGGGAUCCUUAUAACGACUCGGAAGGCGAUUUUGUGGGCGACACUGUUCAGAGUGGGAUCAACGUUGCCAAGUGCUUAAGAGCAGUGAUGGAGCCACUGUUCGCGAGACACUUUGGUGAGUACAUACUGGACGAACUCUUUGAGAGAUACGCGCUCAAUGUUGCCAAACACCUUGAGAGGGAGAAGACCAAGUACUCGGUAAUCGUUGCGUCGCUAAGAAGUAAACGCUGGUCAGUUGAUCAGCUGAGGACCUGA